UGUAAUCAGCUCGUUUUUUUUCUCUCUCUCUCUCUUCUGCUUCCUCUCACUCUUCGCAGCUACCAUUUUCUACCGUCGAUUCAAAACCCUAGAAUUCGAAUACUCAAAGGAUCCGAGCUCCAUUGGUGUCAGCUUCAACAUUUGCGGUCUUGGUCAUGUAAGGCUCUUGUACAGUAAUUUUGCACCAUUUUGUUCUUGAUGGUUUGAUCAAUUUUUUUGUAACGGUGGUGGUGUUUUGCCGAACUUGCACCCGGUUGGAUUAUUUUAUCUGGUAUCUAGCAAAAGUACACGGCUACUCUGCCCACUAAGACUUACACAGAUAUAAAGAAAUCUCCAUGCUGAAGUAAAUCUGUAUGUAUUGAUUCAUGAGUUUGAGACACUGAUUCUUAGCUUUCAAGAGAAGAGUGACGCCAGGUGACUAUGUCUAAAUGCUGGAUUGCGCAUUUGUUGUGACAUGAGGUUGUUCAUUAUGUGAUGCUGAUUGAUAUCUUUCUGCAUUAAUAACCGCGUAGCAACAUUUAACAGUCAAAGACUUCAGAGUGAAAUCAUCUAUGCCUGGCAACGACGUUGGAGAUAGGGUUCACAACUUCUUUGCACAAGACAGCUUGUCGCAAGAGCAGCCCAAUUCCCCAGUAGUGGACGGGAAUUGGCCAGCUCAUAUUAACAAUCUGUGGGGUGGAAGUCAGAGACAGAUAGGUGCUCUGACUUCCAACACAAAGAAUUACAAUUUACAGAGCUCUGAUAGCGGGAAAGGACCGAGCAGCUAUCCCUUUACCAGACAGCAUGGCUCGAGUUAUAUGCAAUCCACUCCAAGGCCUGAGUUUGGAAAGGGUCAGUCACAAAAUCAGCAGACAAAUUUGAAUGGCCACAUGUAUGGUAAUCAGUUUUACCAGACAAGGCAGGAUGAAUCCAAAUUUCUGUCCGUCGAUACAGAUUAUGAUCAACGUAGUCUAGCCUCAGGAGGCUUGUCUCCUUAUGCAUCACAUCAAGGAGUGGGUCCAGAGCAACAGACAGGAGUACUGGUUAGGUCAGAACCUUCUGAGAGUCCUGCUAGUUUUGAUCUUUUUGGUGGUCAGCAAAUGAACCGUCAGCAAUCAAACAUGCUGCAGUCUCUGCAGCGGCAGCAGUCUCUGCAGCGGCAGCAGUCUGGGCAUAGUGAGAUGCAGCAAGUGCAACUCAUGUUGAAGAUGCAGGAACUUCAGAGGCAGCACCAACUUCAGCAAUUAGAUACCAGGCAGCAAGAUACACUAAAUCAGGUUUCCACCUUAUCUAAGGUGGCAUCUGGUAGCCAUCCCCCUGCAUUGGUUCAUGUCACUACAAAUUCUGGUGGAUUAAAUUAUCCUUGGCCAAAUGAUCUUGGCAACACAAAUUGGUUGCAACGUGGCUCUCCAAUCAUUCAGGGAUGUUCCAAUGGACUGAAUCCAACAAACAUUGGACAGGCACAACACAUAGUUCCUCUAUCAGCUGACCAAUCUCUAUAUGGAGUUCCUGUUUCUGGUUCUAGAGAAAAUGUGAACCCAUUUUCACAAGGAAUAGCUGAUAAACCCACAAUGCAGUCAAUGCCAACCUUUGAUAGUUCAUUUCCGGUUAAUCAGUAUGCUGGAUUGCAGGAUCAAGCUAGUGUGCAGGAUGGGACUUUCAUUCCUAGACAGAGAUCCCCAGCCGAUGACCUUUUCAGACAUGCUCCAAGUCAAUCUCUGACUAAUGCAAUAAAUAUGGAGAACCCUCAGCAGGCAAAUGCUAUGCAGAGAAAUUCAGUUUUUCAGGACUUUUGCGGAAGACAGGGUCUAGCUGUUCCUUCAGAAAACUCCCAGGAGAAAGCAGGGACACAUGCUUCUUCCUCACAGAAUGAAGUUGGCUUAGAUCCUGCAGAAGAAAGAAUAUUAUUUGGUUCAGAGGAUAAUAUAUGGUCGGCCUUUGGCAAGAGCCCUAAUAUGAAUGGGGAAGGUGGUAAUCCAUUUGAUAGUGAAGGAUUAAUGAAUGGGCUUUCUUCUAUCCAAAGUGGUACUUGGAGUGCACUUAUGCAUUCUGCUGUUGCAGAAACUUCUAGCAAUGACCUUGGGGUACAGGAGGAGUGGAGUGGUUUAAAUUUUCACAGUACUGAAAUUCCUUCGGGAGCUCAGAAUAUGAUGUGUAACAGUGGGGGACAUAAAGCAUCUUCUGCUGAAGAGAAUUUGCCCCCAAAGUCAUCCUUGAAUUCUGUUUCUGUUCAGCCCUCUGAUGGUACCAAUAUGAACAAUAACUACUCCAAUGUCCAGAGCCAUAUGCUUCCAUAUGAGCCGGGCCAGAGUUUGUAUGCCAACUCUUCUCAAAGACUUGUCCAGUCAUCGGAGGAAGGAAACAAGUGGUCAAAUUCUGGUGCACGGCAGAAAUCAGCUGCUGAAGUAAGCCAGGUGAUGUUUGGGAGCAGUUCUCAUCCUAUUAACAGAGAAAUAAAUAUGAGAAAGAUUUCUGGUGCUUUGACUUCUGAGCUUGGUGGAUCUAGACAACUAUGGGACAAAACAGCUGGUUGGAGUGAUGUAGGAUCUGCAGUGCCCUCUGGAGAUGCAGCUUUAAGAGUUUCGAGUGAGAACUCAUCAAAUUGUUCCCAAGAUGACAAGCGGAAGAAAUUCAUCCAAGCUGAAGUUGUUCAUCGUGGUGUGAUGUGGAACUCUAACUCUGGUCAUAAUUCUGCAGUUGAUGUGGAGCAUGUGGGAUCAUCUAUCACUAACCACCAAGUGAAUUCGGAGGUCUUUAACUUGCAGAAUUCUGCCUGUGUGCCCAACUCAAGUGCAUUCAGGAGUGAGGAAACUAGUCAACUUCUAAAUAAUUAUCAUUCUGAUUAUUGGAAGAACACUGAUCCCUUUGUCAAGUCUACGGUAAGCGAAGGCUUGGGAGUUUUGCAGCGUCAUGUUACCAAAGACAAUCAGGUCUUGCACAGGGCCAUUAGUAAUGCAGAAGCUAAAAUGCAUGACAUGCAGAACAGUGAUAGUAAGAACUCAAAUAACAGCUACCGCUCUAAUUUAUUUCCUCAUUCACCUGCUGCUAAUAUGAGGGAAAAUAUCUUGUCAGAUGCUAGUGAUUCCAGGUCUCUUCCCACUGGGAAGCAGAAGUCGUCUGAUCAGGCUGGCCAGAAAAAUUCUUGGCCUCGCAAGUUUCAGUAUCAUCCCAUGGGAAACAUGGAUGAGGGUUUAGAUCCUCCGUAUGACAGGAAAGACCCUAGCCAUUCUCAGUCUAUGCUGUUGCAGAAUGCCAAUCAUGGCCAGUCAGAAGUAUUUGGUCAGGUUCCUAAGAGUCGGGAAGAAUUGGAAAAGGGGAAGCCGUAUGAUGUUAUGAGAGAUGUCAAAGGCUUUACUGAGGUGCAUUCACAAAGCAGCUUUCAUAGUGGUGGAUCUAGUAUGCCUGGUCCCUUGAAUAAAACAGACUUACAUUCACCAAAUAAAGCUGCACAAACUAGUCCAAACAUGCUCCAGCUUCUUCAGAAGGUAGACCAAUCAAGUGUGCACGGUUCUAUGACUCAGUUAAGUAAUUCUGAACAGAAAGUAUCAUCUGAGAUGCCUGAACCAGAAAAUUCUGAUGGCUCCGUUGGUCAUCUCCAGCAAAGUCAGUCUUCUGCCUCUCAAGGAUUUGGUCUACAACUUGGCCCUCCAUCUCAGCGGGUAUCAAUCCCAAACCAUUCCUUGUCAUCUCUGAGUACCCAAUCAGUUAGGUCUUCGCCCUCUCAUGCUACUGAGGAGAUUGGAGAGAAGAGUCGUGGACAGAUACGCCCUCCUCAUCAGGGUCAAUCAUUGCCUCUUGCUGAACAUUCUCUAGAAGAGUUGAAGAACAACAGAUCUGGGGUUCCAGGAAGUACAUAUAAUAAAGCUUCUUUGUACACUAUUCCUGGAAAGUUUUCUUCAGCAUUUGAUUCUAGUGCUGGUUUUCCUUACAUGAGAAGCUCACUUCAAAAUCCUUCUGUGGUUAGAGCUAUUGGGCAACUGUCAACAAAUCAUUCUACAAAUGUAUCUUUCGAUAAUCAUGGUCCCUCUUCUGCAGAAAAAGGUGAUUCUCGCAGAGGACCUGGAAGUGGUCAAUCUGUACAGGCUUCCAUACCCGAAGGGGCUGGUGAUGAUAAACAGGAUAACCCUUCAAUCUCUGCAGGUAAAUCUCAGUUUAGUAAUGCCAAUGGUCCCCAUCAAAGGCUCUCUGCAAAUCAAGUUUCAUCUAAAGAGCCAGGGUCAGUUUCUCAGCCUAUUUCAAUGUCUGGCACCGUUCAGCAGGGUGCAUAUUCAAAAAUGUUCGCAAAUAUGAGGACCAAUUUUCCGCCGCGGCAGCCCCUUCUUGUUGCUCAAUCCACCAAGGAGUCUUCUCAUAUUCACCAGUCACAUCAGUUGAAUAAUAUGGAGUCAUCACUGUCUGCUGCUGAGAGGCAAGGUGAUCAAGAUGCAAAUAAAGGAUGUAAGUUCACAUCUGAGCUUGGUACAAGCACAGUGAAUAUUUUGGGCUCUGUUGAGGGGGAAGAAGAACGAGUGAAAGAAAGCGCUUCUCGACAUGUACCAUUUCAAAACAUUGAACUAGUUCAGAUAAAUGAUUCACAGGAUAGAGAACCUGUUACGAAUCUCUCAGAAGGAUCUCCAGCAAAUUCUACAUCGAUGCAGAGAGAUAUUGAAGCUUUUGGUCGAUCUCUGAAACCAAAUAACUUCCCUCAACCAAACUAUUCCUUACUAAACCAAACGCAGGUGAUGAAAGAUGUGGAGCCUGAUCCUAGUGAAAGGCCCUUGAAAAGAAUGAGGGUAUCAGACAGCAAUACAGGUGUUCAGCAAAUUCUUUCUGCCGAUUCUAGAAUCCUAUGCUUCUCUGGGUGGGAAAAUUUACAAAGAAGCGUAUCAUCGCAACAAGGAGGAAAUGUGACUCCUCAGGACGUACUUGCAUCUCAUCAUGAUGAUGCUCAGAGCAGCUCUCAGAACAAAAGUAUAAAUUCUUUUAAACCUGAGCAUACUCAGAUUAGUCCUCAUAUGGCACCGUCCUGGUUUAAUCAGUAUGGGACAUUCAAAAAUGCUCAGAUGUUACAGAUGUAUGAAGCAAACAGACCUGCCUCCAUGAAGACAACUGAUCAACCUUUCAGCCUUGGGAAUUCCAAUGGUUUGCAGGCAUUUGAUUCUAUACAGAGAGUAAUCCCUGCGAAUGCUGAUAGAAGUAAUUUUGGGCAAAGUUCAUCUGCUAGCUCUGCUGCCAUUGAAGAUUUUUCUUCUCCACAGACAGUGCCACUGAAUGUUGGACAGCAUCACCAAUUGCUGAAACCCAAGAAGCGGAAACGUGUUACAUCUGAACUUACUCCUUGGUGCAAAGAAGUUUCACUGGAUUCGCGGGGCAAGCAGACAAUCAGCUUGGAAGAAACAAAGUGGGCCAAAUCAACUAAUAGGCUUGUUGAAAAGGUUGAAGAAGACAUUGACCUGAUUGAACAUGGGCCUCUGAGGCUUAAAGUUAAAAAAAGACUUAUUUUGACCACUCAGCUUAUGCAGCAAUUAUUUCGCCCUCCUCCUUCAGCAGUUCUUUUCUCUGAUGCUAACUCAGAGUAUGAGAAUGUAGUUUACUCCACCUCUAGAUUGGCAUUGGGGGAUGUAUGCAGCAUGGUCUCGUGCUCAUAUGUUGAUUCCAAUGCACCUCACACUAGCAAAGAACUAUUUCAUGACCAGCACAAAAGAUCAGAGAGAUAUGACAACCAUAUGUUUGCCAAAGCUGUGGAAGAAUUGACUGUAAGAGCGAGGAGACUGGAAAGUGACUUUUCAAGACUGGAUAAGAGAGCAUUAUUAGAUGUGAUGGUGGAAGGCCAGGAUAUUGAGAAGUUCUCGGUCAUCUAUCGGCUUGCAAAGUUCCAUGGUCGGGUGCAAUCUGAUGGUAUGGAUACAUCAUAUUCAUCAGAUGCACGUAGCCAUAAAGCUUUAACACAGAGAUAUGUUACCGCACUUCCAAUGCCAAAAAAUCUCCCUAACAUGGUUCAGUGUCUUUCACUAUGAUCAUAAAUGAAUUGAUUUUCCCCAUGUUUUGGUGGUAAAUCCACUAGCUCUACUUCCUAAGAAGUUUUGGUGCUAAAUAUGGUGGCACUAGGAACAGAAAUUGAUGGGCUGUCCAAUCUUUUACCUGUUGGUCACUUGUGUCUUAUCAAGAAAUAUGAUUCAUUUUGUGUAUAUCUCUUCAAGUUUGUAGGGAUGGAGAGAAAGGAUUUGUGGGCUUCAUUUUUGCCGUUAGUAGAAAAAAUACAUCUUCUGUGUAUUAGGAGAUGACUGUAUAAAGGUGGUCUUCAGUGUUA